GCGAAGCUCAACACCAUCCAGCUGGGACCAGCUUGGUGGCGACAGAAAUGGCGUGCGCCUUCCGCAGGUCUAUCGCCUGUCAGCUUUCAAGAGUGUUGGAUCUUCCUCCAGAAUACUUGAUCAAGUCAAUAUCUGCAGUUCCAAUUUCCAGAAAAGAAGAAGUAGCUGACUUUCAGCUUUCUGUGGAUUCUCUAUUGGAAAACAACAAUGACCAUUCAAGACCAGAUAUUCAACUUCAAACCGUGAGACUGGCAGAGAAGCUAAAAUGUGACGCAGUGGUGAGUGAAAUCAGCACCGGUCCAGGGACUGUAAAUUUCAAAAUAAACAGAGAACUAUUAACAAAGACAGUACUACAAGAAGUGAUUGAAGAUGGCUCAAAAUAUGGAUUAAAAAGUGAACUUUUUUCUGGCCUUCCCCAGAAGAAGAUCGUGGUUGAGUUCAGUUCACCUAAUGUUGCCAAAAAAUUCCAUGUUGGACAUUUGCGUUCUACCAUCAUAGGAAAUUUUAUAGCAAAUCUCAAAGAAGCUUUAGGACAUCAAGUAACAAGAAUAAAUUAUCUUGGGGAUUGGGGCAUGCAGUUUGGUCUUUUGGGAACUGGCUUCCAGCUGUUUGGCUAUGAAGAAAAACUCCAGUCCAAUCCUUUACAGCAUCUCUUUGAAGUUUAUGUACAAGUUAAUAAAGAAGCAGCAGACGAUAAAAGUGUAGCAAAAUCAGCACAUGAGUUCUUCCAGAGAUUGGAACUGGGCGACACGCAAGCACUUGCACUCUGGCAGAAAUUUCGGGACUUGAGCAUAGAAGAGUACAUUCGGAUUUACAAGCGUCUAGGAGUACACUUUGAUGAAUAUUCAGGAGAAUCAUUUUAUCGUGAAAAGUCUCAAGAAGUCUUAAAGUUGCUGGACAGUAAGGGACUCCUACAGAAAACAAUAAAAGGCACAGCUGUAGUGGAUCUGUCAGGAAGUGGUGACCCCUCCUCGAUUUGUACUGUAAUGCGAAGCGAUGGGACGUCUCUCUAUGCAACCAGAGAUCUUGCAGCUGCUAUAGAUCGAAUGGACAAAUAUAAUUUUGAUAAAAUGAUUUAUGUGACAGAUAAAGGGCAAAAAAAGCAUUUUCAGCAAGUGUUCCAAAUGCUGCAGAUCAUGGGAUAUGACUGGGCAGAAAGGUGCCAGCACGUGCCCUUUGGGGUAGUGCAGGGAAUGAAGACUCGAAGAGGAGAUGUUACUUUUCUGGAAGAUGUUCUAAAUGAGAUUCGAUUGAGGAUGCUACAGAACAUGGCUUCUGCUAAGACCACCAGAGAGCUGGAGAACCCCCAGGAGACAGCAGAGAGGGUGGGGCUCGCAGCCCUCAUCAUUCAGGACUUCAGAGGUUUCCUGUUAUCUGACUAUCAGUUCAGCUGGGAUCGUGUUUUCCAGAGUCGCGGGGACACAGGGGUCUUCCUGCAGUACACACACGCCCGCCUCCACAGUUUGGAAGAGACUUUUGGAUGUGGUUAUCUAAAUGACUUCAACACUGCUUGCUUACAAGAGCCACAGUCUGUUUCCAUUCUCCAGCAUCUUCUCAGGUUCGAUGAGGUGCUUUAUAGGUCAGCCCAAGACCUUCAACCCAGGCAUAUUGUCAGUUACCUUCUAACUCUAAGUCAUCUUGCAGCGGUGGCACACAAAACACUACACAUAAAAAACAGUCCUCCUGAAGUGGCCGGGGCCAGACUUCAUCUUUUCAGAGCUGUCCGCUCAGUCCUAGCCAACGGAAUGACACUUCUUGGAAUAACACCUGUAUGUAGGAUGUAAUUUCUAAUUAAAAUUGCUUUUAAAAUACUAAAUGAAUUCUAGUUAUCUAUUCUUACAUGCCUUGCUAUUUAGAAUAGAACUGAAACUAUUAUUCUAUGUCAGAAUCUAUAUUUUAUUGUCCAUAUUUUAUUAAGUGAUUUAUCAACUUAUUAAAUCUUUAUCUUUUAAAAAAAUCAUCUGAGUUUCCUCAUGGUCAAUAAGUACUAAAUGGACUUUUGUUAAACUAAGUUAAAUCUUUUUAUUUAUUUAUUUUUUUGCGGUACACGGGCCUCUCACUGUUGUGGCCUCUCCCAUUGCGGAGCACAGGCUCCAGACGCGCAGGCUCAGCGGCCAUGGCUCACGGGCCCAGCCACUCUGCGGCAUAUGGGAUCUUCCCAGACCGGGGCACGAACCCAUGUCCCCUGCAUCGGCAGGCGGACUGUCAACCACUGUGCCACCAGGGAAGCCCGUUAAAUCUUUUUAAAGUCAUUGUGGUCUACCGGAGACAAAGGAUUAGAGUUUAAACUAUGGCUUGAGGGUUUUUUGUUUUUCUUUUUUAAUUGAAGUAUAGUUGAUUUACAGUAUUACAUUAGUUUCAGGUGUACAACAUAGUGAUUCAAUAUUUUUAUAAAUUAAACUCCAUUUAAAGUUAUUAUAAAACAAUGGCUAUAUUUUCCUGUGCUGUGCAAUGUAUCUUUCUUCCUUAUUUUAUACAUAGUAGUUUGUAUCUCUUAAGCCCCUACCCCUACCUUGCUCCUCCCCCUUCCCUGUCCCCACUGGUAACCACUAGUUUGUUCUCUACAGCUGUCAGUCUUUCUGUUUUGUUAUAUUCAUUUGUUUGUUUUAUUUCUUAGAUUCCACAUAUAAGGGAUAACGGAGUAUUUGUCUUUCUCUGACUUAUUUCACUAAGCAUAAUCUCUAGGCCCAUCCACGUUGUUGGGAAUAGCAAAAUUUCAUUCUUUUUAUGGCUAAUAUUCAUGUAUAUACACCACAUCUUCUGUUGAUGGACAGGUUACUUCCAUAUUUUUGCUAUUGUAAACAGUGCUGCUAUGAACAUUGGGAUGCAUGUAUCUUUUUUGAAUUAGUGUUUUUGUUUUCUUCAGAUAUAUACCCAGGAGUGGGAUUGCUGGGUCAUAUGGUAGCUCUAUUUUUAGCUUUUUGAGGAGCCUCCAUACUGUUUUCCAAAGUGGCUGCACCCAUUUACAUUCCCACCAACUGUGGGAGUAAAAGUCCCCUACUGUGUCUGUGCGCAAACGUGCACACUCCUCGUGAGCAGUGUCCAGGCUUCCCACAGCCCUCCUGUCCCACCAGCCCUCUGACCAGCCAGGGGGCUGCCUUCCCUGUGCCAGACCCAGGGCUGGGGUGCCCAAUAUGUGGAUCUCCACCCGUGUGAUCUCCCUUUUUCUGAGUCCUCUCCCUGGGGCUCAGGUCCCAACCUGCUCACUUCUCUUCCCUUCCUACCCGAUCCUGUGUGGAUCUUUCUUACAGCCUUGGCUAUCUAUACAGGAGUCUUUCUGCCAGUUUCCAGUUAGUUUUCAGUGAGACUGUUCCACAUGUAGACAGAUAAACAGGAUUUUUUUUUUUACUUUUUAAAAAUUUUUUAUUGAAGUAUAGUUGAUUUACAAUGUUGUGUUAAUUUCUGCCGUACAGUGAUUUGGUUGUACAUAUUCUUUUUCAUAUUCUUUUCCACUUAUGGUUUAUCACAGGAUAUUGAAUAUAGUUCCCUGUGUUAUACAGUAGGACCUUGUUGUUUAUCCAUCCUAUGUAUAAUAGUUUGCGUCUACUAAUCCCAGACUCCCAUUCCUUCCCUACCUUGGCAACCACAACUCUAUUCUCUAUGUAUGAGUCUGUUUCUGUUUCGUAGAUAUGUUCAUCUGUGUCAUAUUUUAGAUUCCACAUAUAAGAGGUAUCAUAAGGUAUUUGUCUUUUUCUGACUUACUUUGCUUAGAAUGAUAAUCUCUAGGUCCAUCCACGUUGCUGCAAAUGGCAUUAUUUCAUUCUUUUUUUAUGGCUGAGUAAUAGUCCAUUGUUUAUUUAUUCCACAUCUUAAUCCAUUCAUCUGUCGAUGGACAUUUAGGCUGUUUCCAUGUCUUGGCUAUUGUGCAUAGUGCUGCUGUGAACAUAGGCAUGAACAUAUCUUUUUGAAUUAUAGUUUUGUCUGGUUAUAUGCCCAGUAGUGGGAUUGCUGGAUCAUAUGGCAAUUCUAUUUUUAGUUUUUUGAGGAACCUCCUUACUGUUCUCCAUAGUGGCUGCACCAAUUUACAUUCCCACCAACAGUGUAAGAGGGUUCCCUUUUCUCCACACCCUCUCCAGCACUGGUUAUUUGUAGACUUUUUGAUGAUGGCUGUUCUGGUGUGAGGUGGUACCUAAUUGUAGUUUUGAUUUGCAUUUCUCCAAUAAUUAGCAAUGAUGAGCAUCUUUUCACCACAUGUAGAUAUAUUUUUGAGGUGUUCAUGGGGGGAGGUGAGUUCCACUUCCUCCUCCUCUGCCAUCCAAUCUCCUCUGCCUUGACAUCUUACAGUGCCAUUCAUCCAGAAACUCUUCUUGUAACUGAGAUUAUCUGUUUCCAUGUUUUAAAAUUGAUGAGGAAGAAAAAUCUCAAUUUUCUUAGAAUUAUGACUGUUCUUAAUAAAUUUCGGGAGAACAAAAUUGAGCUUUUUUUGUCAAUACAGCUGACAGCUACUCCCAGAGAACAGGUCUCAUACUUUUCAUGGCCGUAUACAGGUAACUCUUACCAGACUAUGUGAACUGGGGCAUUGAACACAUCUGAAUAACAAGGAAUUACUUUACAGAUAUCGAAUUAGGAUCUUUGUAAAAAUUAGUCCAUUAAACCACAUUUGAAAUGGAGUUUCUCAAACAGUUUCAUGUAUCUGCAUAUUGGUAAGUAUAUUUUGUGUGACCUGCUUAGGAAACAUGAGUAGGAUGUGAUCUGUUUGAUGGUUACAGCUAUCCUCAUCUGAGAAUUUCCAUUCUGAUCUGUUAUAAUUUAUUCUAACUAUUGCUACUAGAAAUCUUCUGAAUACCAAUGACAAUCUAAUUUUAUGCAUAGAGAAGCAAAUUAGCAUGAAUUAAAGCUUCUUUAGUUGAAUGAGCAUAGUUUUAUAUUGGCAAGUAUGGUAUACCUUCUUAAUCCUAGAAAAGACUCCAAUUUUAAGUGAAUUAUCUUCCAGAUUGUUUAUUUUCUACUUAAAGUAUCAUCAGUAUUUCACAGCACAAAUCAGCCAUGGAAUAAAAAGUUGGGACAUUUUUUACACAUCCAGUAUCUCCCUCCCCUUCUUUGAACAAACAUUCCCCUUCCCAGAUCUGUGGUAGGUUGCUUAGUAUUUGGUUUUUUGGGGGGGGGGGGGCGGUUGUUCGUUUUUAAUAUCUAUUUAUUUAUUUUGGCUGCGCCGGGCCUUAGUUGCUGCGUGUGGGAUCUUCAGUUGAGACAUGUGAACCCAUAGUUGCAGCAUGCAUGCAGGAUCUAGUUCCCCAACCAGGGAUCGAACCUGGGCCCCUUGCAUUGUGAGCAUGGAGUCUUACCCACUGGACCACCAGGAGCACAGGCAUAGGAUUUGUUGAGCAUAAGGAUGGAUCAGAACUACAAGUGAAAGUUCACACAAAUCAGAGGUAAAGCCAAGAGCUCUACGAAAGAAGGGUGGAGAAAGAGUGUUGCCCAACCUCUCCUAGCUACUGCUCUACCAUUCAGAAAUUCAGCUCUCGUCCUUACUUACUUACCGGACUCAGCAAAGCAGAAGUGCUGCGGAGUUAAUCAGACUCACCCUCACGAAAUGGCAAUUAGUCAUCAAACAGUAUUACUCUAAUGUGCUAUCCCUGGGGAAGGGGGCGGGGGAGUGGAUCUCGCCCCACCCCUCCGGCAAAAUAUCAAAGUAUUCCUUCUAACAACAUACAACAUUCUCCUUGGAAGUAACUCUGUUAACGACUGCUUUCUCCACCUCGUUAGGGCUCCAAUGCUAUUUUAAUGCCCCAAUGAUGUUUUUAGUGGCUGUUACGUGGGCCAGCCGCUGCUUAGGCUCUGCACCCGGAGCAUGCCCUUAUGCCUCUGUGCAUCCUAGGGCAGGAGGCGCAGCGGAGACAGCAGCCGCGGUGACCCCGGCCAGAACAGAAACCGAUCCUGCCUCCCGCUGGGUGAUGCGUCUCCAGCCCCGCACCUGCGCCCCGGCCCCUCGCCGGGUCUGUCUGAAUUCGGUUCCCACCCACUGCCAACUCGUCGAGGCAGGCGCAGUUUCGGGCCGCCGAACUGUCCAUCGCGGAGUACGCCGCGAGGAAGGCAGCCGCAGUGGGAGGCUGGCUGCCCCGCACUGCCACGAGCGGCGGCGGCGCGCGCUCAAGCCCGAGAGCGGCUCAACACAAACUCCUGCUGCCCGACGCCCCGGCCUGGCCCCUGGGCCCCAGAGCCCCGCGGGCGCGGAGGAUGGCCGGCUGCCGACAGGUGCAGACCAGCGCUGACGCCCGCUCGCCACCGCCCCCCGCGGGGUCCCAAGUCCCCAGUCCCAGCAGCCCCCGGCCUCACCUCUCUGAGGAGCCAUGGUUCCCCGACAGCACCGCGCGGAACUGACGCGCGCCCCCUUCGCGCGCGCUGCGCAGGACACCGGGGACCGCCUCCUGGGGUCAUAGAGACGAAAGCCGCUCGGCCUAGAGCGCCUCGCCGGCCGACCAGCCACGGAUUCCCGCCCAGCCAAGCACAAAGAUUAGGCUAAUGAAUCGGAAGGCUGCGGAAAACGGGAGGAUCCGGAUGGAGGAGAGGCCUAUUCCGCCCAGUCUAUGUUGACGAGUGCGUAAAACUCGGUUCCAAGGCGCUCUCUUGUAAACUACAACUCCCGGCCGGCUAAGGAAGCAGGAGUCAAGGAAGGGAGCGGAGCGUUGCCUUCUGGGAGCUGUAGUCCUCACCAGGUGACUGGGCGGCAAAUAGGAAUUGGGCUUAGACUUAAGGAUUCGUGCCUGGCAAAGCUGUUGUAGCACCUCCAAGAACUCGUAAAGUAACAGAAACUUCUUUCGACAGCGUUGGCAACUUCUGUAACUUCCAUGAAACUCCUUUGUUACCUCUUAUUUAAACUUACAGUAAUUCCCCUAUAUACCAACCUUCAAGUGGCGAACUUUCAAAGAUGCGAACGUGCAUUCCAUCAACCCCAGGCGUGAGUGAAAUUGCAGCUUGCCCUCCCUCUCCUAUUGCUGACGAUCCUUCAGCUCUACCAUCUCCCACCUCCUCUCCCUCCUCCAGUCAGUAACUCUUCUUGCCUGUUCACUUGAUGCCAGCGCGUAUAUGCCAGCUGUUGUACUGUACUGCUGUACUUUUCAAGAUACUGUACUAUAAGGUUUCAAAUGUUUUAUUUUUUGCUUGUUUUUUAUGUAUUAUUUGUGUGAAAGUAUUAUAAACCUAUUACAGUACUCUAUAGCCGAUUUUGUUAGUUGGGUACCUGGGCUAACUUUGUUGGACUUACGAACAAAUUGGACUUACAAACAUGUUCUCGGAACAGACCUCGUUCGUAUGUAGGAGACUUACUGUAUAGUUUAUAUUACAUAUUGUUCAGAAGUCUUGUGCCUGUGUCCUCAUCGUCAGCAUUAUCAUUAUGUUUACCUAGCCAGACAUGCUAACUGCAUGAUCUUCGCACAACGAAAGGGCUCCGAAAACAUUAGACAUAUCAACAGGCAUUUACUUCAACUGCUAUGAUCUCCACGUUCACUGAAGCAUAUUAAUUAGCAUAAGCGAUGUUAGAAAUAAUUCUCUGGAAAAUGAAUGGUCUUCAAGAUAUGUGGAUUAAAAAUACUAUGUAAGUACCUCAGUUCUUACAGGAACAUGGGUACAAGAUUCUGAGAUGCCCAGCAGCCUACACCUUCUAUGGCAUGAUCUUUCUCCAAAAUGAUUUUUUAAAGGUUUGGGUGGUCAAUGUUAUAUACCAUUGUCUUAUCAUUAUAUACAUAGAUAUAGAUAUAUAGUCUACAUUACUGGAAUAUUUUUCAUUCCUUAUUAGCAUCACAUUAAUAUCAGAAGGGGCUCACAGAAGGUGAUCACAGUUUACAUAGUCAGACAUUGGAUUAAUCUCACUUUGGAACAGUGUUGGAUCUUCCCUCUGCCUGGUGUAUGUGUGCUCACUGGUGCUGAUCACCUCUUCCUGUAAUUGGUACAGUUCUCACUUAUGGAAUUAUUCAGUUCCAUGCUGUGUAUUUCUUAUACGUACACUUAAACAAAAAUUCAUAUGUGUACUUGAAAUUAAUUGUGAAAAUUAAAAAUAUUCUAUCA